AUGGACGUCUUCAAACUCCUCUCGCGCUCGGCCAAACCCAGCGCCAAAGCAAGCACGACCCAGAGCCUGCCCUCGAGUGGCGCGGCGGCGAAUCCGCAGCUUUUUGGUCACGACGGGCCGGAAUUCCAUGCUAGGGGCGUGGGGAAAAGGAAGAGGGGACAGGAUAAGGUGGAGGCUGAGGAGGAUACGAGCUUGUAUGCUGGGCUGGACUUUUUUGGGGCGGUCAAGGGCGAGGGUGGGGGCGAGGGGAAGAAGAGGAGGAGGAAGGAGGUGGUGAAGGAGGACAAAAAGGACAGCGCUGAAGAGGUUGCGGAUGUGGCUGUAGGUGAGGAGGAGGUAUAUGAUGCAGCAGAGAGCAAGCGGCUGCUGCGCUCGCAUAAGCUCAAGGUUGCUGUCCUGGAGGAUUUCGCCGAGCAGAAGAAGAGCAAGAAGGAGAAGAAGGAGAAGAAGGAGAAGAGCAGCAAGAAGCGCAAGAAGGAAGAAGCCGCCAAAGACGCGAAAAAGGACGCGAAGAAACAGCUCUACCCCCAGCCGCUCACCGACUUCGCACAGCUGCGCACGCGCUACGCCAUCUCGAGACGCCUCGCGGAGAACAUACAGGAGCAGGGCUACAAGCUGCCCACCGAAGUCCAGCUCGGUGCGCUGCCGCUGCUGCUCGGGGCCAAGAAGCAAGCCACCACAACGCCCGACGACCCCAGUACGGAGAGCUCGGGCGCAGAGUACGGGGGCGAUGUUGAUCUCCUGACCAUUGCGCCGACAGGAAGCGGCAAGACGAUCGCGUUCUUGAUCCCCGUCAUCAACGCGCUGCUCAGCGAGGGCUCAGCAGACAGCAAGGGGGGUCCGCGCGCGGUUGUCGUUGCACCGACACGAGAGCUCGCGGCGCAGAUUGUGAACGAGGCGCGGAAACUCGCAAAGGGCACAGGCAUCAAGGCUACGCUGAUGAGGAAGGGUAUGGAGGUUGUGGAGCGCGGCGACGAGCAGGAGACACAGGCAGUCGAGGCUCAGGCAGAGGUGUCGGCCGAUGAAGACAGCGCGUCUGAGUCUGAUGCUUCAGGAGGAGUGCAGCAGAAGAAGUGCGACCGCAAGCGCGCUGAGCUCGUCAAGGCUGCCAUCAUCGUCGCGACGCCCCUCGCGCUCCUCAACGCCCUCAAGCGCAGAGACGGUACCGUAGCAGAGCUGUCCAGCGUCCGCCACAUUGUCCUCGAUGAAGCAGACGUCCUGCUCGACCCGCUCUUCCGCGAGCAAACCCUCGCGGUCUGGAACGCCUGCACCAACCCGCUCCUCCGUAUCGGUUUGUGGUCGGCCACAAUGGGCGCAUCGGUCGAGUCGCUCGCAAUCUCGACACUGAACGCACGCUGGGCAUCUCUCGCAUCUAGCCGCAGCGAUCUGCCGCUGCGCCCUCCGCUCAUCCGUCUGGUCGUCGGCCUCAAAGACACAGCUAUCCCCAAUAUCCACCACCAGCUCACCUACGCCGCUACAGAACAGGGCAAGCUUCUCGGCCUCCGCCAGCUCCUGCACCCAACCUCCAUCUCGUCCACCUCCACGGCCCCUGUCCUCCGCCCUCCGUUCCUCGUCUUCACCCAGACCAUCCCCCGCGCCAUCGCCCUGCACUCGGAGCUCCUCUACGACAUCCCCCCCGAAGCCGGCGGCAGCUCGCGCAUCGCCGUCCUGCACGCCGACCUCUCCUCCAGCGCCCGCGACACAAUCAUGACGCGCUUCCGCCGCGGCGAGAUCUGGGUCCUCAUCACCACAGACCUCCUCGCACGGGGCGUCGACUUCCGCGGGCUCAACGGCGUCGUCAACUUCGACGCCCCGACCUCCGCCGCCGCGUACGUCCACCGCGUAGGCCGCACAGGCCGCGCUGGCCGCGCUGGCGGCGUUGCCGUCACCCUGUACACGCAGGACGACGUGCCGUACGUGCGCGUCAUCGCCAAUGUGAUCCGCGCGAGCGAAACGCUCCGCGGCGUCAAAGAGGGCGAGGGCAUCGUCAAGCAGUGGCUACUCGAUGCACUCCCCACGCCCAGCAAGCGCGAUAAAGCGCAGCUGAAGAAGCGCGGGGUGGAGAGCCGCCGCGCGCACCUUACGGGUAAAGAGGCGAAGAAAGGGCGCAUCUCCACGAAAUCUGGGUUCGAGCGCAGAGUGGAGAACAACAAACGCGGCGCUGUUGAGGGGAGUCGGAGACGGGAGCGGGCUGCUAGGGAGGAGGCUGAGGCGGAUGAUGAGUAG